AUGGCCAUCCAGGUGGAUCCGUCGUUCCUGCAGGGCUACCUGCACAGAGGCCGUCUCCGCCGUCAACUGUGCCAGUUCUCAGCAGCUUCCGCCGAUUUUGAGAAGCUAAUAGAGUUAAAGCCGUCGCAUACCAGCGCGCGGAAGGAGCUAGCGUCAACUAAGGCAGCGGCAGAGGCUCUAGCGGCCGUUAAAAGCGCAGUAGAGUCCGGGGGAGGGGAGGAGGUGGAGAAGCGGUUAGAGGAUGACGUGCUCAGUGUAGUUCCGGACUGUAAAGAGGCGCUGUUGCUUAAAGCGAAGCUGCUUAUGGCGAAGGGGGACUACCCUGGCGUGAUUGCAGAGGCGGGCAGGGCUCUUAAAUCGGAUGAGAAUGACCUGGAAGGGCUGCUGUUGAGGGGGAGGGCGUAUCUGUACAACGGCGACCACGACCACGCACUGAAGCACUUCCAGGCAGGUCUUCGGUCGGACCCCGAGCAUGGGGAGCUUAAAAAGGCCUACAGACAGCUCAAGAACCUCGAGAAGAAAACCAAAGCGGCCCAGGAACUGCUGGAGCAAAGCAAGUUCCGCAAGGCAGCAGACGAUUUCAAGGCAGCUCUGGAGAUCAUCCCCGACCACAAGCAGCACAACCUGAAGCUACAACUGGGGCUGUGCAGGAGCCUGGUGAAGCUGGGGCGAGGCAAGGAGGCGGCACAGGCGUGCUCGGUGGUUCUGGCAGAAGACAACGACAACUUUGAUGCGCUGCUGCUGCGUGGUGAGGCGCGCAUUGCAAGUGAGGAGUGGGAGGGCGCUCUUGGGGACUUCAAGCAUGCGCACCAGCUGAACCAGCAGAGUCGUGAAGCUGUCGCAGGGUUUCAGAGAGCAGAGCAGGGGUUAAAGAUGAGCAAGCGAAAGGACUACUACAAGGUGCUGGGGUUGGACAAGAGCGCGUCUGCUGCUGACAUCAAGAGGGCGUAUAAGAGGCUGGCGCUCAAGUGGCAUCCGGAUAAGAAUGUGGAGAACAAGGAGGAGGCGGAGGAGCAGUUUAGGGAGGUGGCCGCUGCUUAUGAGGUGUUGGGAGAUGAGGACAAGAGAGGGAGGUACGACCGGGGAGAGGAUGUGGACGAACCAGAGCAGCAGGGGGGAGGCGGGGGCUUCCCCUUUGGCCAGAACGUCAGGUUCCACUUCCAAGGGGGUGGGGGAUUCCCAGGUGGUUUCCCGGGUGGAUUUCCUGGGGGGUUCCACUUUCAACAAGGGUAA